UCCUCGGCAAAGGCCUGAAGAAGGCAACCCACAUACAUUCUUGCUUCUUCAUCUAGAUAGUUUUUUAUCUCCUUUGUCCAUGGCUUUAGGCGUUUAACUUUGGUCUUGUCAUGUUAUGGUCUUAAUAUUCAUUAUAGUUGUAUUUGUCAAUUUUUGAGGCCAUUGUGAGAGUUUCUUUGAAGAGAUAUGUGGAAUGGCUAAAAUAACUUCAUCAACUAAUUCUUAAAUGGCUAAAGUUAUUUCUUUUCCGGGGACAAAUAUUUGUUUGAGUAAACUGAUUGGAAUCUAAGAAUUCCCUCUGGUAUUCUAAACUUCAAGAUGGUAUUUACAGUAAAUGAUAUCUUAUUUUUCUUACGGUCUUGAAGUAAUCUAAUGUUUGCAUAUUUGGCUCUCUUAAAUAAUUAGUUAUGUUGGUCUACUGUUAUGUAUCAUGUUUUUCUUCUUAAGUUAUGAACCUAGUUAUCUGUCAGCUUACUAAAGAUUGUAUCAACAUUAUUUGUUUCUUCCCCCAGAUGUCAGGUAAUACAGGAUCUAAACAAGCUGGGCAAACUAAUGGUAAAGGAGAAAAAUUUCGUAAAAGGAAGACACACACAAUAGAGCCUCAAGCAGCUCAAAUGCCUUGCGUAAUCCCAUCACAAUCCCUCCUAUCUCAAACUAGUUUACUUCAUGUACAUGAGACUUUCUUGCCUCAACCUACUCCUGAAGUCAAUCUGCCUCAACCAAGUAUUAGAGCCAAUCGACCCCAACCUCAUAACACUGUGUCUCAGCCUCAAUCUAAUCAGUCGCAACCUAUAAAUACAGUCACUCAACCGCAUAUGUCUUCACCAACCAAUGUGACUCCAGCCACCUCGUGUAGUGCGGUAGGCGGUGGCAAUGAUAAUGGCAAUGAUGAUGGUCGAAUGUGGAUUGUACCUGAAGAAGAUGGGUUUGAUCCUCAUAAGCCAGUUAUUGAAGGCAUUGCUAGUUGCAUUCGUAGUAAAUUUGAGCUGGCUAAACCUUCUUGGAAAAAAUUCCCACAAUCUACCCGGGAUAUGUGGUUUGAUGAAUUCAAGAAGAAAUUUAGAUGGCUCCCUCACUAUAAUGAUGUUAUAUGACGCAAUUUUGAGAAAAAGGGCAUCUUCAAGAAUGACCCAACUUUUCCAAGAUGUUAGAAAGGACUUGUGUGUGAAGCCAAAUUGGAUGGGUGAUGCUGUAUUCAAGGAGAUGAAUAAGCAUUGGGAGUCUCCUCAAUUUAAGUUAAAGUCGGAACAAAACAAAAAGAAUCGCGAUGCAAAUGCAGGUGCCUCGGGUCAUACAGGUGGUUGUAUACCUCAUCGCGUGAUUUGGAAGAGAUUGAAGGAAGCUAGUGAAAAAGAUUUCAGAAUUUUAUUUUCGCACUCAUCGAAAAGAGAAAGAUAAAAGUUGGGUAAAUGAGAAAGUUGAAGCUGCUUAUAAUAAUUUUGAAAAAAAAAGAAGAAUUAUUAGCUUCCCAAAGUGCAUAUGUUGAUGGAGAAACUAAUUUAGCUAGCGAGCAAUCUC